GUGGGGAGCCACUGAGUGGAACUGAGCCCCGCGCAGCCCCGGAGCCAGCUCCCGGCACCGACCUCUCACCGGGGCAGGAUGGAGGAUUUGGAUGCGCUGCUGGAGGAGCUGGAGCAAAGCUCCCGCGAGGCCCCUGGGCUGCAGGCACCGGCACGCCUGGAGCACCCUGCAGGCUCCCCGGGUUUGUCCUUCCAGGUGCAGUCGCCUGGGGCUCAGCCUCCCGCAGCGGCUGCGGACACGGUGUACAGCCCUGUCCCAGCCCCGCAGCCGCUGUUCCCAUCCUCCCCACCCACGGCAGCCGCUCAGCAGCUGGACAAGCUCCUGGCUGACCUGGGCCACAUGCAGAGCAAGUUUGCAGCAGGGGGGCAGGGAGCCCAGGAGCCAGAGAAGACCGAGCCCAAGCCCUCUCUGGACAACAUGCUGGGCAGCCUCACCCAGGACCUGCAGGAGCUGGGCAUCACGGCCACCCCCACCAGUGUCUGCUCCACCUGUCACAAGCCCAUUGCUGGCAAGGUGCUGACAGCGCUGGGCAGGACCUGGCACCCCGAGCACUUCACUUGUGCCCGCUGCGGGCAGGAGCUCGGUGCCCGGCCCUUCUUCGAGCGGGAUGGGCAGCCCUACUGCGAGGAUGACUAUCACCAGGCCUUCGCGCCCUGCUGUGCCUACUGUGCCGGCCCCAUCCGCGAGAAGGUCCUCACGGCGCUGGACCAGACCUGGCACCCCGAGCACUUCUUCUGUGCCAGCUGCGGGAAGGUGUUUGGAGAUGAGGGUUUCCUGGUGCGGGACGGGAGGCCAUACUGCCGCCAGGACUUCCUGGCCCUGUUUGCCCCCAAGUGCCAGGGUUGCGAGCGCCCGGUGACCGGCAGUUACCUGUCAGCGCUGAGCGGGGUCUGGCACUCCGAGUGCUUCGUGUGCACGGACUGCCUGAGCGGCUUCAGCAGCGGCUCCUUCUUCGAGCUGGAGGGCCGGCCCUACUGUGAGCAGCACUUCCACCAGCGCCAGGGCAGCAUCUGCCAUGGCUGCGGCCGCCCUGUCACCGGCCGCUGCGUCACAGCUGCGGGGCGCAAGUACCACCCCGAGCACUUCACCUGCACCUACUGCCUGCGCCCGCUGCACAAGGGCACGGUCCGCGAGCGCGGCAGCAGGAUGUACUGCCAGGCCUGCCACGACAAGCUCUUCCUCUGAGCCCCGGCACGCAGCCGCCCCUCCCGGCUGCCCCUGGCAUGGUCCCUGCUGGCACAAAAGGGAUUUGCUUUGUUCCAGCCACCAGCCCC